AUGGUUCCCAAAAUCUCCUGUUCUUUCGUGGCCAUCCUCGUUCUCUUUCUUGCGAUUCGACCCUCCACGGUUCACUCGAGAAGCCUCAAGUCUACCGAUCCAAGCCUCACUUCCUUCCAGAGCUUGGAGGGGGUUCUCAAGGGCCAGACCAAGCAAGGCAUUAAAGAGGUCAAGCGUUACCUCAGAGCUUUCGGAUACUGGGGCUACGAGGAGGACGAGAACGAGGUCGCCCUCAUGGACGACGAGUUCGACGAGACUUUAGAGUCGGCGCUCCAAUCUUACCAGAGAUUCUACCAUCUGGAAGUCACCGGAAAGCUCGAUGCCGACACCGUAAACCAGAUGAGCGCUCCAAGAUGCGGGGUGCCCGACGCCGUCCACCCUCGGCACGCAGAAUGGAAUGCCACUAAGCCUAGUAAGCUCCGCAUAGUCGCGCGCUACAACUUCUUUCCCAACAAGCCUAGGUGGCCGCCUACCAAAACCCAUCUCAACUACGCUUUCGGCCCGGUCCCUGCGGCCAUCCCUCUGGAGGAGUUGCGAGGAGUUUGCUCGAGAGCUUUCCAGAGGUGGGCUGACGUUACGUCGUUCACAUUCUCAGAAGCCUCGGCAGGCGGGCAGAUCGAUCUCGUCAUAGGCUUCUACAGAGGCGAUCAUGGCGACGGAUAUCCUUUCGACGGGCCCGGCAAGAUUCUCGCCCAUUCAUUUUCCCCCACUGACGGUCGGUUCCACUACGACGUGGAGGAGCAGUGGAGCACCAACCCAAGCUCGACGCAAUUCGACUUGGAAUCGGUGACCUUGCAUGAAAUAGGACACCUCCUAGGGCUCGCCCACACUCCCGAUCAGAACGCCGUUAUGUUCGCCACGAUUUCGCCCGGCGCUCAAAAGAGGGAUCUUCGACAAGAUGACAUCGAUGGCAUACAUGCUUUGUACGCUGCGUAA